AGAAUUUCAUGUACAAGAAAAAAAAUCGAAACAAUUGACAGUCGCUUACAGCGGAAAAGAAAAUCACAGAAAAAACACAAGUUUUAAUAAAUAUUUUAUAAAAAAUUUAUUGAAAACAUUAACAACAAUAGAAAACCUUUAUGCGCUAUAUAAAAGUUUAACAGAAAAACAUUAAAACAAAAGAUUUACUUACCUACAAGAUACUGUGUCAAGAACUUGUCCCAAGGAAGAAGGAAGGAAGGAAGAGAGAUAGACUUAACUCGCUGCCUGGCUGCCUGCGUAUUUGUGUGCGUGUGUACUAGAGAGUUUCGUCAGAAAUUUUUUUAAUUGCUUUAGUUCCACUGGACUAUGUCUAAGCAUUUGUAUCAACAGAAUAAACAACAGUUAACAUAGCCAUGGCUGCGACGAGAAAGUUGCAAGGAGAAAUUGAUCGAUGUCUGAAAAAAGUAGCUGAGGGAGUGGAAACGUUUGAGGAUAUAUGGAAAAAAGUACACAAUGCCACAAAUAGCAAUCAGAAAGUAAUUGAAAAAUAUGAAGCCGAUCUCAAAAAGGAAAUCAAAAAGUUGCAACGGCUUCGCGAUCAGAUUAAAUCAUGGAUUGCUUCGGCUGAAAUAAAAGAUAAAAGUGCACUCUUGGAAAACAGAAGGCUAAUAGAAACGCAAAUGGAACGUUUUAAAAUUGUUGAACGUGAAACAAAGACUAAAGCGUAUUCAAAAGAAGGCUUGGGUGCUGCACAAAAAAUGGAUCCUGCUCAACGUAUUAAAGAUGAAGCCCGCAAUUGGUUAACGAACUCAAUAAGUUCGCUGCAAAUUCAAAUCGAUCAGUAUGAAAGUGAAAUCGAAUCACUGCUGGCGGGUAAGAAAAAAAGAUUAGAUCGCGACAAACAGGAUCGUAUGGAUGAAUUGAGAUCAAAGUUGGACCGACAUAAAUUCCAUGUAACAAAACUAGAGACAUUAUUGCGUCUGCUCGACAACGAUAAUGUUGAGGCCGAACAAGUAAAUAAAAUCAAAGAUGAUGUUGAAUAUUAUAUCGACUCAUCGCAAGAGCCGGACUUUGAAGAAAAUGAAUUCAUUUAUGAUGACAUUAUUGGCAUUGACGUCGAUGUCGAAUAUUCGGGUACAGGUGUCUCACUUGGUAUUCCAUCAUCAGCAACUACAGACAGUAAUAAUAGUAAUGAAACCAGCGGCUCACCAAGUAGUAUAACAUCAGGCGGUAGUCCUGUUCAAUCCCCAUUGCCGGCUCAACAACAAUUGCAGCAGCAGGCCUCCAACACAAGUGGAAGUGGUUCGGCAACGCAGCAACAGCAGAUUAAUUUGAAUUAUUCGAGCGAUUCAACGGCUGCUGAUGGUAUGGCCAAGGAUAAGCAUAAUAAAAAUGAAAGUAAUGCCAAUAGUAAAACAAAGCAACCUGUUAAACCUACAGCCGUUCGAGCGAACAAUAAAACAAGUGGUACAACAGAAGCGCCCACGAGUAAAAUUAUUAGUUCAACGCCUAGUAAAAAUCACCAUCAACCCCAAACGCAGCAACAAAAUCAUCAUACACAACAACAGACAGCAGCAGCAGUUGUGGCAGCCGCAACAGCGUCUUCUGUUACUGGUAAUCAUACCUCGAACAAUAUAAACACCUCGGGAGCGCCGACAUUAGCAGCUGCUGUGGCGGCGGCGGCAUCUACAGUUACAGUUCACAACAAUCCUGCCGUACAACAACAUGCUCCAGCGCCCACGUUACAAGGGAAUCCCACAAUAGCAUCUGUUACAGCGUCCUCAGCUAAUUCCACCAAUUCAACACAACAAAUACAAGGCCAAUCUGUGAUUCAAGCUACACCGACAAUUGCAUUUUCAGCAGUUGCAAAACAUAAUACAUCACAUCUUGAAAACGGUCCUGUGCUUGGUGGCGCUUCUUACGCUAUAGUUGGUGGCUCUCAGCAGCAACAGUUAUCAAAUCUUCAAGCGAAUUCCUCUCAUUUACAAAAUGCCCAUAAUACUUCCAAUAACUCUACAGUAGGUAGCAUUGCAAAUGUAGUACAACAAGGAGCAAAUUCUGCUAAUGUUAAUAAUUUGGCAGCAUCUGCGGUAAAUUGCAUUUCACCAAAUGGUAUUGCCGGUUUGCAACAAGCUCUGAACGCACAGCAACAAGUACUGGGUAUGGGAGCAAAUAACAACAAUGCCCGUGCAUCGCCUGGCCUGCUUUCACCCAAACACAUGAAUGGAUUGCCUGUUACGAGUGUAGCUAAUAAUACCUCAUCUGUAGAUGCUAUCUCAUUAAAAACAAUGGCUCAAGAAGCCAUCAAUCGAUCUGUGAUCGAUACGAAUAACCUUUCACAACAACAACAACAGCAAGCGUCUAGCAUCGAUAACAGACAGCAACAACAACAGCAGCAGCAACAACAACAAGUACUCCAACAGCAUUUUUCAUCAGAUACAACUGCCAAUCCACAUCAACAACAACAACAGCAGCAGCAGCAACAGCAAACAAAUACAACGGCAGGUCUAGUUGCCGCCGUGACAGCAUCAACAAAUGGACCGACAUCAAUUGGCGGCAAUACUGCUGGUAACAGUGGUGGCAACGUUGGUCCCAUUGGUAGUAGUAUAAAUGCAUCCGCUUUAACAAAUGCUGCCGGUCAGCAGCCAAUUGGAGCAGGUGCAUCAUCUGCAUCAAAUAAGCAACAAUUAUCGCAACAACAACAGCAGCAGCAGCAACAACAACAGCAGCCUACAAAUGAAGCCCAUAUACCACCCCUGCUGGGUGUGGCUCCACUGGGUCCAUCACCACUGCAAAAAGAUCAUCAACUACAAUUCCAAAUGAUGGAAGCUGCUUAUUAUCAUUUACCAACACCUAGUGACUCGGAAAAACUAACAACAUAUUUUCAUCGAACUCCAGUGCAAACGCCAGCGCACUAUCCACAGCAACAACUUCCAAUUUACGAUACAGUUGAAUUUUAUCAACGUCUCUCAACCGAAACACUAUUCUUUGUGUUCUACUAUAUGGAAGGUUCAAAAGCUCAAUAUUUGGCAGCAAAGGCACUAAAAAAGCAAAGCUGGCGCUUUCAUACAAAGUACAUGAUGUGGUUCCAAAGACAUGAAGAACCAAAAAUUAUUAACGAUGAUUACGAACAAGGUACGUACAUCUAUUUUGAUUAUGAAAAAUGGAGUCAAAGAAAAAAGGAGGGAUUCACAUUUGAAUACAAGUACUUAGAAGAUAAAGAAUUGAAUUGAAAUUAAAUCUAAUCUAAUCAAUAAGACAUUGAUUUUGAAAUGGAUCUUCAACAACAACAACUACAAUUACAUAAAGAAAAACCAACCAACCAACCAACUCCUCCAACUCCCCAUGUAAAAAAAAAUUGCUUAAACAUACAAUUUGCAUACAAUUGCUUUUUUCUUGUUUAUUACUUCCUCCACAUCUUUUUUGUUUCUUCCUAUUUUUAAUAAUUAUAUAUUUGCGACUUUAAAAAUAUGAAAACAUUAAAAAACUACAUUUUUAAAAAUGAAA